AUGAAACUGUGUGAGGUCAUAAAUUGCCCUAUUGCUGAGUCAGACAUAAAAUCUAUCCGCCGUGUUGCAAAGAUGAACCCUUCGUCAGACCGUCCCCGCAAUAUUAUUGCGACGCUGCACUCGGAACAUAACCGCGACACUAUCAUCUCUGCAGUGCGAAGAUUCAAUAAAGCAAACAAGUUGUGUCCUCUAAACUCAUCUCACAUGGGCUUGGCUGGCGAAAAAUACAAUAUCUACACAACACCUAUCAGCUGGAUGCAAGGCAGUACACGCCGCGGCAAGACAAUGGACUAA